AUGACUGUCAAAUAUGAGUUGCCCAAGCUGCCUUACGCUCUUGAUGCUCUGGAACCGUCCAUAUCAGGACAGAUCAUGGAUCUGCACUACAACCGCCACCAUCAGGCGUACAUCACGAAUCUGAAUAAUGCGCUGGCAGGUCAAGCUGAGGCCUUUUCAGGGUCAAACUUGCUCAAGCAAUUAGAGCUGCAAUCAGCCAUUCGCUUCAAUGCAGGUGGCCAUGUCAACCACACACUGUUCUGGGAAGGUCUUUCGCCUAAGUCCACCGGCCACUCAAACAUUGUAGAUUGUGCGCCUCAAUUAGCCCAGGCCAUCGACCAGCGCUGGAAGACUUUCGACAACUUCAAAGCCGCAUUCGAAGUAACCGCUCUUGCCAUACAGGGAUCUGGAUGGGUGUGGCUUGUGAAGGACAAGGACUCGAACGCGAUUGAGAUCACGACAUCGAAGGACCAGGAAAUCCCGCCUCCCUCUGGGAAGCUGGUUCUGAUUGGCAUCGAUAUGUGGGAGCACGCCUACUACUUGCAGUAUUACAAUAACAAGAAACAAUACCUUACCAACAUUUGGGAUGUCAUUAACUGGAAGAUGGCCGAGAAGCGAUAUCAAGGUGAUGCAAGGACAAUCUACGGAGAUUUGGCAGGGUUGGCCUCGCACUUGUGA